CUCAAGAUUGCGUUGGUAGGGUCCUUGGUUACUGAUGAUGAAGAGUGGGAUACCAUCAACCAGAUCACCCCGGCCUUUGUGGGCAUCUGCGGCACAGACCUACACGAGUACCUGGGCGGACCUACAUUCUGUCCGGCGCACCCGCACCCGGUGACGGGCGAGACCAUUCCCGUCACUCUGGGCCACGAGUUCUCCGGUACGAUCAAGGAGGUCGGGCCCGGAGUGGACAAGCUCAAGGUCGGGCAGAAGUGCACGGUCCAGCCGCUCAUCGUGUGCGGCGAGUGCCCGGCCUGCAAGGUGGGAGCCUACAACAUCUGCCACACCGUCGGCUUCGUCGGCCUGAGCGGGCAGGGGGGAGGGCUCAGCGACGCCGUCUGCGUCAGGGCGGACCGCGUGUUUCCUCUCCCCGACAGCGUGCCGCUCCACCUGGGCGCCCUGGUCGAGCCCCUCUCUGUGGCGUGGCAUGCCAUCGAGGCCGCCCCCGACCUGGACCCCGACUCGUUCGUCCUCGUCAUCGGCGGCGGGCCCAUCGGCCUCGCCAUCGUGCUCUGCCUGAGGGCCAAGGGCGUCACCGACAUCAUGGUCUCGGAGGUGGCGGCCGCGAGGCGCAACUACGCCGCCCAGUUCGGCGCCAAGUGGGUGGUCGACCCCACCGAUACCGAUGUCGUGGCCGACGUCAACCAGAAGACGAACGGGACGGGCGCCGACGUCACCAUCGACUGUGCCGGGGUCCCCCAGAGCAUCGAGUGCGCGUGCACCGCCGUCAAGACGUUUGGCACCAUCAUCAACGUGGCCAUCUGGGAAAAGGGCGUCUCGUUCAACCCCAACUGGUUGACCUUCAGGGAGACGGCCUACAAGUCGGUUCUCGCUUACCGGGACAGGGACUUUGCAUCUGUCAUUGAGGGCUUGAGCACGGGUGAGCACAGUCUCGACAGUGCGAUUGCUCCCGAGGGUAUGAUUACCUCAAAGAUCAAGCUGGAGGACCUCGUCGAGCGCGGCUUCCAGUCUCUCAUCAAGGACAGAGAGACGCAGGUCAAGAUUCUCGUUGAUCUGUCGUUGUAG